ACAAGACAAGCAAGAUGCCGGGAACGGCCAAGGUGAAUCCCGAUCUCCAGAAGGAGAGGAACAGAGCCACUUUUCCUGUCCAUGUAAUGACUUAUGUAUUAGAUGGAGAUCCUGAAAAAACGAAAAGGCGGAGAUACGUAGAGAACCUUGUACUCAACGACCCUGUGUACAAACACAAACCAGUGUGUUUCAUGUCUCGCGGGGAAAGAUACUCCCUGGGGAUGAAGAAGGCGCUGCAUGCUGUGAAAAAAUUGAAGGAACUCAACCUGACGGACCCUGCUGAUCAGUACUAUUACAGAUCGUUCACAAUGCCACACGAGAAUUCCCCAAUUGCCCUCCAAGACGACAUGUUCAUUCCCAUACUCUCCACACAGACCACCGAUGAGCAAAAAGCAAAAUGGCUGACACUGGCAAAGAGUCUCCAGAUUAUUGGCACAUAUGCACAAACAGAGAUGGGACAUGGCACAUUUGUGAGGGGUCUGGAAACUACUGCUACCUAUGAUCCCCAAACUGAGGAGUUUAUUAUUAACAGCCCUACUCUGACUUCUACCAAAUGGUGGCCUGGAAAUUUGGGAAAGACCACCAACCAUGCUGUAGUCUUGGCCCAGCUGUACACAGGUGGCAAGUGUCAUGGUAUUCAUGCCUUCAUUGUCCAGCACAGGGACAUGGAAACCCACCAGCCAUUGCCAGGCAUAGAGGUGGGUGAUAUUGGCCCUAAGUUUGGCUAUGAGACAGUGGACAAUGGCUUUUUACGUUAUCACAAUGUCCACAUACCACGGGACAACAUGCUGAUGAAAUAUUCUGAGGUUACCAAAGAUGGUCGCUACAUCAGAAAAGCCAAUGAAAAGCUGACUUACGGCACGAUGGUUACUGUACGAUCCGGAAUUGUUAGUAAUGCAGCAAGACAACUUGCAGAGGCCUGUACCAUUGCUAUAAGAUACAGUGCAAUAAGACGACAAUCUGAGAUGAAGCCAGGAGAACCAGAGCCACAGGUUUUGGACUACCAAACCCAGCAACACAAGUUAUUUCCCUUGCUGGCCACCAGCUAUGCCUACUGGUUUGCUGGUCGCUCCAUGAGGGAGACCUACCUGGAUAUCCAGAGUCAAAUCAUGGCUGGGGACUUUAAGCAGUUACCAGAGCUCCAUGCCCUGUCAGCAGGUCUGAAAGCUAUGAGCACCUGGGCAGCCAGUGAAGGUAUCGAGACAUGUCGACUGUCAUGUGGUGGCCACGGCUAUUCACACGCCAGUGGUCUGCCAAAGAUCUACGUGGAUGCAACACCGGGAUGUACAUAUGAGGGAGAGAAUACAGUGAUGAUGCUACAGACUGCAAGAUAUUUAAUGAAAGCGUGUGGACAAGCAGCCCAGGGGAAUGAGUUGCCAGGUUUUGUGGCUUACCUAAAUCAGAAAGGACUGGACAGGUGCAUGAUUGGUGAUGACCUUAGUUUGGUCAGUCUGGUAUCUGCAUAUCAACACAGGGCUAGAAGGUUAAUUGGUAAAGCUGCCCUGCAGAUGAAGGCCCACAUGGAGAGAGGAAAACCCCAGGAGGUGGCCUGGAACUUGACCUCUGUCCAGUUAGUCCACUGUGCCAAGGCCCAUGUCCAGUGCUAUGUGCUGAAGAACUUUGUAGAUUCCAUUGAACAAUACAGCCACCAUGAGGAUGUUGCCAGGGUGUUGACUCAGCUGUGUCAGCUGUUUGCUGUGGAUGGUAUCCUGAAUAAUGCUGGAGACUUUUUGCAGGGUGGCUUCAUGUCAUAUGACCAACUGGACAAUAUGACCGCCAAAUUGCUGGACCUUUUGGCCGCCAUCAGGCCAAACGCCGUGGCUCUGGUGGAUGCAUUUGACUUCAGUGAUCACCUCCUUCAGAGUGUGCUGGGCCGCUAUGAUGGAAAUGUCUAUGAGAAUAUGCUAGAAUGGGCCAAGUCUUCNGGAGUGCAACACCUAAGCAAACAAAGCUAG